AUGGGCGCCGCACCGCACAUGUUGCGACGCAAGUUGCACCUUCACCCUGAGCUCUGCUAUUUAAAGCGAGUGAACUAUCCAGAUGCGGCAAAGCAAGCUACAGAAUGCCCUUACUCUUCGCCUCCCGCUCCGUCGUCACGGCCGCCCAACCCCGUCAACUGGGAUGAGACCGGCGCCGCGCAUAUCUACUCCGCCGACCUCCCCGGCGUGAAGAAGGAGGAGAUCAGGGUGGAGAUUGAGGACGGGAGGUACCUCGUCAUACGCACCGAGCUGGACGCUCGUGACGCGGAAGUCCACGGCCGCCGAGGCAGUUUCGCAAGGAAGUUCCGGCUGCCGGGGAUGGUGAACACCGACGGCAUCACGACCGACUACGCCCGCGGCGUACUGACCGUGACAGUGCCCAGGAUGCACACCCGGGCCCAGCCCGUGGUCAAUCUCAUCGGGCUUGGUCCUGCCUGCGACCCCGUGGCCAGAGCAGCUUAAACUGAUUUAUUAUUAUAUUGAAGUAUAUUAUACUCCCAUGUACUAA